UUGGGUCUCACGUUACCUACACGUCGUCACUCAGGAUAGACGCAAACCGACUUCAGUGCAGGCUUCCACGUUCACGUCCACUUCGUCCUUCUGUCUGCACCACCAUGAAUCUCUUCCGGUUGUUCGGGGACAUGUCCCACUUGGCGUCCAUCUUAAUCCUGUUGUACAAGAUCAAUGCGACGCGGUCGGUUCGAGGUCUCUCCUUCAAAACACAGGCCCUCUACGUCGCUGUCUUCGUGACGCGUUACCUUGACCUCUUCACCGACUAUGUGUCGCUAUACAACAGUCUCAUGAAGAUUUUCUUCAUCUCGAGCAGUUGUUACGUCCUCUACAUGAUGAAAGUGAAAUACCGACCAACGAACGACCCGUCGAUCGACACAUUCCGCGUAGAAUACCUCCUCGGGCCCUGCGUCGUUCUGGCGCUGAUAUUCCACUACCGCUGGCUCGUGUCAGAGAUCCUCUGGGCAUUCUCCAUCUUCCUGGAGUCGGUCGCCAUCCUCCCGCAACUGUUCAUGCUGCAACGCACGGGAGAGGCGGAGACGAUUACGACACACUACUUGGCCGCACUAGGUGCAUACAGGGCGUUGUACAUCCCAAAUUGGAUAUACAGGUACUGGACAGAGGACGUGGUCGACCCAAUUGCGGUCACUGCGGGCAUUGUGCAGACGGCGCUGUACCUCGACUUCUUCUACGUCUACUUCACAAAAGUGUUACAAGGGCAGCGGUUUGAGCUACCUGCAUAAUUGUAUCCUAAAGCGUAGUGUAUAUGGACCGCUUUCCAGCUCAUAGGCUGGCUCCCACCCUCGCCCAACAUUACAAUCGCGAACCGUGAGUUGUUGAAAAAA